GGCACAGGGCUGUCCUGCCACAGCUCUGUGACAUCACCAUGCCUAUAUAAGCCGGGCCAGCCCCCGCGGCUGCCAGUGCAGUCGCGAUGGGACGUGCCGGAGCCAUGUGUGACGGUGGCGUCCUCAUGACCGCGCUUGUCCUGCUGCUGGCCGCUGUGGCUGUCUGGUGGGCCCUUGGCCGCUGGCAACCACGGAGGCGGCAGACAAGGACACCAAAGAGGCGCAAGCGCCCCGGGGUCCGGCCCAGAGGCUCACGGAGGAACCGAGGAGCCCCUGCGGCUCCCAGGCCCUCCAGGCCUCGGCCGACCCCUCGCCAGCGGCCAGGUGCUCCCGCCAGCCCCCUGGACGGCUCCUGCAGCUGCGGCCCCUGCGUGGCAGUGGCCCAACAGCUGCAGGAACUGAUGAGCUUGCUCUGGGCUCGCAAUGGGACAUCUGUGCCGCUCUACGAUGGGAUGUGGCAGGCCUUGUGGGAAGAACUGGAGGAGCUGGUGAAGCGAGGCCACCUGCCCUGCUGUGGCUCGCCCAGCUCCUUCAGGAGCCCCCAUCCCCUGAGGAGGCAGCUCCCAGGAAGCUUCUCCAUCCCUGGGAGAGCCUCAAGCCUUGCAAGGAUGGCGCAGCAGCAGACACCCGCCAUCCCUGCAAGAAGCUCAGGCUGUCAGGGAACGUCCAUCCUGCCUGGAGCCUCGGCUAUCUCUGACAGCCUCCAUCCCUCAGAGAGGCUCAGUGAGACCUGUCAGCGGGCAGAAGGUGCAGAGCCCGUGGACAGGUCUCCCAGCUCCCCUGGACCCGUCGACGUCAACAACACGGGCGCAACCCUGAGCGCUGACGUGGCCAGGGAAAGCCCGCGAGUCCAGGUGGGAGCCCAGCCCGAUGCAGGGGAGCCAUCUCAGGAGCAGGUGGCGGAGCAGCAAGUGUCCUGCAGCCGGCAGUUGCCGGCCCACGGCUCCCAGGACGCUGUGCCGGCGGGCAACAGCCCGUGCCUGGUGGAGGAGGCGAUCCUCCAGAGACCCGGAGACCUCCAUCUCCUGGAAGCUGCUCUGACACAGCCACCGACUACCGGGAAGGCCCUAACAGAAGCUGCUCCUGGGACCCCCCUGUGCGACACCUCGGGCUGCAGCCCCGGCCGUCCAGAAGAGCAGAGUCCGGCCCAGGACGCCGGGGCCAGCGACGGUGCCGCUGCGCCCCGCUGCCCCGCGGCUCCUGCAGCCGCCUGUGCGUGCUGCCCCGGCCCAGCCCUGCCGCUCACCGGCCCGACGGCUGCAGGGCGGGGGCCGCUGCCCGGCGCGCAGCAGGAAGCAGGGCAAAAGAAGGAGCUGCAGGAGCUGUACCUGCUGGGCCCGCAGCUGGGGAGCGGUGGCUUCGGCACCGUUUUCUCGGGGACCCGCCUCUCGGACGGGAGCCCGGUGGCCAUCAAGCACGUGGCCCGGGAGAGCGUCCUGCAGUGGGACGAGCGGGUGAGUGAGCGGGGCCUGCGGGCCAGAGCGGGUCGUGGCGGGCAGGGGGCAGCGGAGGCACAGGGUAGCUCCAGCUGGCCUGCUGGAGGCAUUGUCUUUUCCUCACAGCCCGACGGCAGCCGUGUUCCAAUGGAGAUCGUGCUGAUGGAGAAGGUGGGCUCUGGCUGCCGCAGCAUCAUCCAGCUCCUGGACUGGUUCGAGCUGCCUGACAGCUUCGUGCUGGUGCUGGAGCGCCCGGAGCGAUCGCAGGAUCUCCUGCAGCUCCUGCAGCAGCAGGAGUUCCUGAGCGAGGAGGCGGCGCGCUGGCUUUUCUGCCAGGUGCUGGAGGCCGUGCGGCACUGCACCGCCUGCGGCGUCCUGCACCGCGACAUCAAGCCAGAGAACCUCCUCGUGGACCCGGAGAGUGGCGACCUGAAGCUCAUCGACUUCGGUUGCGGCACCUUCCUCCAGGAGCGGGCCUUCACUCAAUUUGCCGGAACACGCACGUACUGCCCACCCGAGUGGAUCUGCCAGGGCCGCUACCACGGCCAUGCGGCGACCAUCUGGUCCCUGGGGGUGCUGCUCUAUGUCAUGGUCUGCGGGUGCCUCCCCUUCGAGGACGACCGUGAGAUCCUGCUGGGGGAGCUUAUCUUCAGGCCGCAGGUCUCUCCAGAGUGCCGACACCUGAUCCGCUGGUGUUUGGCCCAGCACCCCGCCGACCGGCCGCAGCUGGACCAGAUCUUCCGCCACCCUUGGGUGUGGGCCGGCUGCCUUUGAUGCCUUGCUGGCGCCUCUGCAGCCCCCAGCUACCGAGUCCCACGCAGGACUGAGGGCCGGAAAAAUAAAACAACCACCGACCCGUUGCGGGCUCUCCAGUCUGGUCCUUGUUAGCAACUUCUGCUGGAGAAACCUCUUGGGAAAAGGGGCAAUCAGAGUCUUCCCUUCCCUUUGUCAAGCUUCCAUGCCUCUCCUCCACCUAGGUGGUUUUUUGUGUCUUCAAGCUCAGGCUGUAGUGCACGUAGGAGGGGCUUUAACAAGGCCAGAAGGGCAACAGCGGAACAACAGCUGCCCUUUCAAACCGAUCUGGCCGCUUGCUUGGGGUCCCCUGAAGUGAAACAUGGGCCCGUCUGUGGAUUCCAGCGCCGAGUGGGCGGCAGGAACAGAGACGUUGCUCCGCUGCCAAGGCUGCGACAGCAGCCUCCAAGGGAGCUGUGCAGGGCUGGGCAGAUGCCAAAAGGAACCCUAGGACAGACGGACACGCCCCAGCAGGCUCAGCCUCCCGUCUUGGGGCGGGGAACGUGCGUGAGGAGAGCCCUGCGGCGGAGGAAGGAGCCCCGGAGAAAGUCAUCCCUGGGGACUCCAAGGGAAACCCCCCCCCGGUGUUAGCAGCCCUGAACCCUGCUGUCUCCCGCUGAGGACUCGUGUUCUGGAAGGGAGCGAUUCUCGAGACCUUUGUUACAGCCUGUAGCCCAGAGCUUUAGGACUGUGGGUGGAAGGAGUGGCAUUUCUAGCCAGCUCCCUUCUGGAGACUUGGCUAUUGUAACAAAGAAUCACUGGAUGCCCAUAGCACCUCCUGACCAGCAAGGGAGGGGUCUCCCUGCACUUGUGCACCCCAAAUGGCAUGUUUUUGUCAGCUCUGAAUUUCCCCUUCUCUGCUUCACCUUCAGGAUAAGGAAAAAACCUGACUUGGUCUCUUAGCUUUCCUGCUCACUCACAGGGGAAGGCAGAUGAGAUCCUGGACUUGCUCCCAUGGCCUUGGGCCCACUGUGCCCCCCAAAAAUAUCUUCCUCUCCCCUAAAAACAACUGAUGGAGAGUGCACCAACCGCUCUAGUUACAGAAAUGCACCCAGGUGCCAGCUACUAAUCUCUGCUACCUUCUGUCUACUGCCCUGACCUACCAACACAGGGUUUGGUAGUAAAUAGUUUUUCUUCAUAAAUGCACACGCUCUUUCAUUUCUGUUUUCUUUUCUCAGGGCUGCCAACCCUCUUGUACCCUGAAUGGCUCUCCAAGGCUCUACCCAAAGGCCUGGCCCGAGCUGAGAUCCUUCCAGCCAAGACCCCGCCCUGAGGGGAUGGUGAGAGCUCUGUGUGUCAGCCCCGGCCUGGAGGCUGAGCUGGGAGGGAAAAUUAUCCCUUUUCUAAGGUCCUGUCAGCGGUGACUGCCACUUCUCCAAGGGCCACGACACCUUUUCCCCAGGAGCAGCAUGUCCGUUGUUACAAAGCUUCCAUUUUUGCAAAGGAAACAUUUUCAGUUUCAUUUUCUCCCUGUAGUAGAAGAAGAAAAAUCACUUACAGCUGCUAUCGUAAAUAAACCAAAAGAAUUUCA